AUGAACUCUACUCGAAAUAUUUACAACAAUGAUAUUGAUUUCAAAACAUUGGCUUUGCAAUAUCCUUCAUUUGCCAAGAUACUGAAGCCAAACGGGCAGCUUGAUUUUAGCAGACCCGAAGCUGUGCAAGAGCUUACAAAGACCCUUUUAAAGCGGGACUUUGGUUUAACCAUAGAGCUGCCACCCGACCGAUUAUGUCCACCGGUUCCGAAUCGUUUCAAUUACAUUCUUUGGCUUCAAGAUCUCAUUGAUACUACUUCUGAUUCUUUCAGCGACAAAUAUGAGCCUGCUCGCAAAGUGUUUGGGCUUGACAUUGGCACAGGAGCAAGCUGUAUUUAUCCUCUGCUUGGGUGCACCCAACGCUCAAAUUGGAAUUUUGCCGGGACAGAUAUUGAUGAAGAAAGCCUCAAAUAUGCACGCAAAAACGUGGCGGCAAACGAGCUGGAUCAGCGAAUCACGCUUUUCAAAUCCGAUAGGAAUGGACCGCUGAUACCACUCGAUCUACUGAAGCUAGAAAGGAUCGAUUUUACCAUGUGUAACCCGCCCUUUUAUGAGUCCAAAGAUGACAUGAUAUCUUCUGCCGAAAAAAAGCAUCAAGCCCCAUUUUCCGCUUGCACUGGCGCUGAAGCUGAAAUGGUCACCCCUGGCGGCGAAGUAGCUUUUGUGUCUCGUAUGAUUGAAGAAAGUGAACGCCUUCAAGGAAGAGUCCAAUGGUAUUCGACAAUGUUAGGCAAGCUUAGCAGCGUCUCUGUCGUCAUAGAGAAGCUCAAAGCCGUAGGUAUCACCAAUUGGGCGGUGACAGACUUUCUCCAAGGGAGUAAAACUCGUCGGUGGGGAGUGGCUUGGUCGUAUGGAGAUAUACGUCCCAAAACUGAGAUUGCAAGAGGAACAACGAGCCUUCAGAAACAUUUCCUUCCGUUCCCGUCCGAAUAUUCAUUCAGUGUCCCUGAAGAAUCAUUCACUGUCAUCUGCGAGAAGCUGUGUGGCGCUAUGGAGUCCAUUAAAUUGUCCUGGAAAUGGGAUGCAUCAACAUGCACUGGCCUAGGAUUCACGCGGGAGAAUGUCUGGUCGAGAGCAUCAAGGCGGAAGGGCAGAGUUGAGGAUGAAGCUAAGCCAAGUCUACAGCCUCUCGACAGGGACGUCAUCCUCGGCUUCAAGCUUCUUGUUACGCAGAAAAAGGAUUCGAACGAAGUUGACGUGCACGUUCGGUGGGUAAGGGGCAACGACGUUGUACUAUUUGAAAGCUUUUGCGGCAUGGUCAAGCGCAAAAUUACCAGCAAAUAA